GUCUGAGUCGUUUUCAACGCUUGUAACGUCUGAGUUUGACUGUUUGCUGUCUAUCAUUGCUCUGUACAAGUACUGUGUUCGAUGACAUCGUUACAUCGUAACGGUUCAUCACCGUUUCAUCUUCCCGGAGAUGAUAUGUCAUCACAGCUGCAUCUCUAUGAAUUCGAAAGAUUGUGCUCAAGAUUUUGUGAUGAACUAUUAGAUGAAGGACUAACAAUGAUGAAAACAUUUUGCGUCGAUGCUGGCUUGUUCAGUACGGAAGAAUCAGAAGACACUUCUUCUAACCUUGUAGGCAAGCUGAGAUCGUAUGGCUUAGUGAACGAAAACUGCUUUCAUCUUCUCAAGUUUGUCGCUAACAGCUCUAACCAAUCGGAGCUUUUGACGGAGAUAGAAAAGUAUGAGAUGACGCUUUCCAACCAGCUAACACCGACCGAGUCACUAAAUCCAGCUCUGAAGCAUUGUUUGCCCAAUUUUACUCCAGUCGAUGUGACGAUAGAUGUGAGAUCAGCAGAUCUAACUUACAAGAAGAUGCAGUCUUUGUGCAUGUCACUAGCAGAUGUGUGUGGCAUUGAAGACCACGAAUUGGGAUGGUUGGGACACAGAGAAAACAAGGGAGAUACCGUAACCUUCUCGACGAUAUUGCCGAACAAGUGCUUGCGUUCGCUGCGUUCGAGACUGAAUAGAAAUGAAAAACACAACGUUGACAAGAUUUUGAAAGAACUGAAAAUUUUAAACGUCAAUAUUCUGUCUUCAGAUUCAGAAAAAGAUUUGUGUCAUAAUUUACAAGAUUACAAACUCGCAAAAAGACCGUCACAAAGCAGAGACCUGCUAGACUCAAUACCACUUGUUCGCCAUUUUCCAAAAUUGCACGAAUUGUUGAAACGAAUAAGUGACGGUCAAGACUUAUCGGGUACGGAAAUUCUUGCCGUUGUUCCAACAUUAAGGGAAGAAUCUGAUGUCAUCGAUUCCUUACUCGAAUGCACAGCACAAUACAGCAAUGCAGCAGUAAUGGAUAAAUUGACACACAUCUUGGGACACACACACAAAAGUCUCGUUGAUUUGCUAGACACUAAAGGCUUUUGUCUGCGCUCGACAUUACUAGCCAACGCCUACAUCAAAGCAAGAGAGAAACUCGUUCAUGCUCUUUUCGAUCAAAAGCAUUUGUUCUUUUGCUCGUAUACAGCACUGGUUGUUACCGUGUGUCUUCAGCUCGCGUAUCCUUCUAGUCUUUUUAGACAUUUGCUCGACAAUGAACACCAUUUUGAUAAACCAUUCUGUAGCCGAAGCAAAGAGAAUUUGUAUGAAAAGGCGCUGGUAUAUUGCUGUCUAAAUGAUCAGCACAAUCUUGCUCGCUUGCUUAUUGAAAGAGAAGCUAAAGUAAGCGUUGACACUCUCGAACGCUUCCCGUCGUGUUUAGGUCGUGCAAUGAAAGAAAUUGGUUGCGUUUCAACUGUAAAGCAAGUUACACAAAAGCGAAAAGUUAAGUGUGUAGAAAUCUGCUGGCAAAAUAUGCAGCUUGUUCAACUCCCACAAGGUUGGCUUAGUCAAUGGACUCUACGAGCUCAUGUGACCAAACUUGACAUUUCAAACAAUCAACUACUGUCGAUUCCAUUUUGUUUGUUGGAUGGAUCAAUGCCCUUGCUAUUAGAGCUAAAUGCAUCCAGUAACAAACUCAAAUCGAUAUGGAACGACGACAUGAACCAACUGUCAACAACAAAGCAAAAAUUAAAAGUUUUUGACGUCUCAAACAACAAACUUGAUAAGUUACCGCUUCACGUGUUUCGUAUCUCAUCGCUUGAAGUACUCGACGUUUCACACAAUAGCCUGACCAGCCUGCCUGGUCGCCAUCACCUUCCUGACAAGGAUCUGAUUGGCGAGACUAAUUCAAGCGACAACGACGACGAUCUCUGGUGUUGUCAUCAACUUACGGAACUAAAUGCAUCCCAUAACAAUCUCACUACAUUGCCAGAAACGUUUCAAAGUGUUCCUCAUCUUCAACAGCUCAACGUUUCAUCAAACAAGCUCGACUGUUUACCACAGUCUCUCUCAGAAGUAAGGUUUCUAGAAUAUGUCAACUUGAGAGACAACAAGCUGAGCAUACAUUCUAGAUGCAAUCUUCCAAACACAGUCAAAAGACUUGAAUUAAGCAACAACAACCUGCAAUGCAUUCCGGAGUGGGUGACCUCUAUUACAAAUCUAAAAUCACUUAAAAGUUCAAACAACGGCAUACGGACGUUGCCGCGCCAAAGCAGUUGGCAGCAACCGCAUCUAGAAACUCUCAUACUAUCAAGAAACAAACUUGGUUUAAAUGAAGAGCAAAUUGAAUUACCAAAUGAUUUUAGCAAGAGCUUGACUGUUCUUGAUUUGAGUUCUAACCAUCUCAAAACGUUUCCUCAAGCUGCACUUGGUCUCAAGAUGGCCACGAGUCUCAACCUGCAAGGAAAUCCUGAUAUUACAAAGAUUCCACUCGCUAUUGCCACUCUGAAGCGACUGUGGAAUGUCAAACUAGACGACCUGGCCUCAGCCGUACUUGCGGUUAUUCCGAACCUCAGUUCCAAGAUAACACCACACAAAUACGAUAAGACAGUAAGAGAGGCUCUGUUCGACGCCUACUAUAAAUGUGCACCACAUUGUGGAGCUAAGCUAGCGGUUAGGGGUAGUCAAGUUGGACGAGACUACGUUAUUAAACGUUUGCAUUCCAAGGUAGGAACCUUAAACUUCCUUCCAACAGAAGUACCGUUAGUAACAAGCUUUGUAUUACCAAGUCAACAGCACACCAGCAAAGAAGUUGACUCUACUAAGGCAACAUUUAGAGUGUGGAACAUUUCAGAUGAUUCUAGUUUUUCCGUCCUAAGUUAUGUGUUUUUUGCGGAGAACACCAUUCAUGUGCUCGUUUGGCACGAACAAGAUGGAUUGGUAGGAUUGGAUAGUUUGGAGAACAACUUGCGUUUAAUUGAAAAAACCAAUCAGUCGAUUAGAACAAUGGUAGUGGUUUUGUGGAUUCACUCGGCUAGACAUCGACUAAAAUCAGCAACUGAAAGACUGCAUUUGCUGCAACAAGAUACUCACGUUGUAUACAUUGAAAUUCAAGUCGACAGGAAGAUGGUAAUAUCUCCUCUAGCAGAAAAGCUGUACGAGACAGCUGUCAUUAUGUCUAAAACAAACAAAAAUGGCAAAGGAUGGAGAAACAAAGUUCCUGCCGAGUAUCUGCAAGCCGCAACAAAGUUGUUUUGCGAAGAGACGGCAAUCCACGCUGCUGUGUGUACUCGUUCGUUUCUUGAAUGGUAUGUGUUUCCUAGCGGAUACAGUGAUCAAAACGAUUUCCAUCUGGCAAUGAGAUUUCUCGUGCGCAUUGCUGGACUGAUUCACUUUGAAGACACUCCAAGUAAUCUUUACCAACAUUGUUUUCCCAAUUUCGAUGUCAUUUCUCAUAUUGUUGUGGCUCUAACGUCGAGCAAGUCACUUCACUUCUCCAGUGGCAUCGCUCACUCGCGCGAUAUCUACGCCCUUUUGAAGCAAGUGCUUGGUAGCAGUAAUAAUGAAGUCCGUAACGCUUUGUUCUCUCUUCUCAUUAAGCUGGAAGUGUUGGUGCCCAUUGGCUGUUGCCGCUACGUCUUACCAUUUCGCUUACAGAAAGAGGGAAACGGUCUCAAUUUAUCACUAUCUCAAUAUCUAACUCCAUAUCCUAGUGGCGACGACAACAGUUCGCCAACUUACGUUCGUCGACUCUAUGAACUAAAUCCAUUGCCUUCAUUUUUCUGGAACCGUUUGAUCAGUGCUCUUGUUCAGAAGAGUCAAAUUCCUCUCGGAGCGGAAGGUCAAUAUCAGAAGACGAUUAGUUCAGCUUUCUGGGCAAAAGGCAUGGUUAGUCACUACGAAAACGGCUGUUAUAUUGUUACUGCGGUAGAAGAGGAGUCUCAAUCAGACGACAGUUUUGCACGUAUAGAAUGUAGUAAAAGAUGCAUCACUAGUGCCACUGGACUAGAUAUAGUCGUUUUCGAUCGCUAUCGACGGUUUGCAGCUUUAGGACUAAUCUGCAGUGUCGUAGAGUCACUGCUGCAAGAAUGGGUAGCCAGCAGAGGUGAGGAUCCAACGUCUAUCGUGUUCUCUGAUACAAGCGUGCUAAGUGUUCAGCGACUGAUACCGUAUCCCCCAUUUCACUUCGAUAGUGACCACGUCGACGAUGAACUUCUAAACGAUUUUAUCUCUGAGCACAAAAUACCCGAAACAGCUGAUUGGAUAAAGCUUGAAGACUGCGCGCAUGCCAUUAUCGCAAAAUCUGAAAUAAUUACAACUUCUAGUGGAGAAGAAACAGUUCAUGUCUCGUUUCUCGCACCAGAUUUGUUGCUAAGCUGGCUACCGGCACACGAACACCUUACAAAUGAAAGAAUCAGUACGAAUUCGAAAACCAGAGACAGCCUAGGAAGUGGAGGCUUUGGUACCGUUAGCCUUGGUUUGCUUGACGAAAACGAAGUCGCUUUCAAGAUUUUUUCAAGCAUUGAUACAAAUAGUUUGUUUCCAGCAUGUGCCAAAGAAAUCCUAACAGACAACCAAGGCAGCGUUUUGACCAAACGGUUUAGCAACAUUUUGUUAGAUUCGGACAUAUCGGUAGGUUUAGAGACUUUAUGUCGUAUUUCUAGUCCAGAAUUUCUACAAGAAGACGAGCAAAUUUCUAGUAGUAGUAGUAGUGCUAAUCUUCCCCUCAGCUCACAACUUGAUUCGCAUCAUUGUUUGAAGAAUCUCCAAAAUCUUCUUCAAGAGGUGACAGUAAUGAAACAGCUGCAACAUCAACAUAUUGUUCAGUUCAAGGGAGUUAUGUUCGAACCGUAUCCUUGUCUUGCAAUGGAAUAUGCUCCUGCUGGUAACUUGACCGACCUCAUAUCAAAAUAUAGAAGCAACGACACUAACAUGUCAGAUUUGCCACACGACGGAAUACUAGGAAGAGAACUAACACACAGAAUUGCGUUUCAAAUCGCUCUUGGAAUUGAGUAUCUCCACAGCAAAUCCAUCUGCCACAUGGACAUAAAGCCAGACAACGUGCUCGUCUGGCUUGAAUCGCUGACCGCUCCUGUAAACGUUAAACUCACUGACUACGGUAUCUCUUGCACUGUUCCCACAGCAGGUGUAAAGAGUAUUUUAGGUACGGUGGGAUAUCAAGCUCCAGAACAAAUUCUUUCUCAAGACAGCCUGGAACAUUCGUUUGAUUUUGGGGUGGAUGUGUUUGCGUAUGGCAUUACGAUGUAUCAUCUGCUGACAGGUGCUCACCCGUUUGAGAAAGACUUAGAUAAACCGUCAGUCGUAAAUGAAAGACUUAGGCAGAGCGAUCCCUUGCCUCUUCCUACAGGGCAGUCUCUGAUUCGCACGCAAAGUAUCAUAGAACGUUGCUGCCAGUAUUGGCCGGGCGACAGACCAUCUGCCACUCAGAUAGUGGCAGAAUUGUGUGAGCCGGUUCUUCACCUACAGUGCAAGGACAUUUCUCUGAAUGGCAAUUACCGAGUAUUGGCUACUACUGUAGUGCAAGAAUUUGAUGUUACAGAUGCCGUUUGGACGGAAUUCGAUUCUUUUGAUCAUUUUAUGACGAGAUCAAAUAGCAUGAACUCUUGUCAAACCUCUAGUCGCAAUAAACAUUCAGAAAGACGAUCUGGAGGUUUCUUGAAACGUUUCAGAACUACUGUCGAUGUUGCUAAUCGACGCGAACAGCAAAAUUUCAAUACUGUAUCUAAGACUGGGAAAAAAAAUCAAAAUCGUAAAAGAUCUGUGUCAACAUCUGAGUGUACUCUACCAACAGUUGAAGCCAAGAUGGCUACACACGAAUACGAAAAUCAAACAAAUUAUUUUGCUACAAUUGCGACUAGUGAUAUUGAUGAGCUACUGAUCGGAGAUCCACAGUCUAGCUGUUUCUUUCGCACACAAAAAUUAGAAGAAAAGUCACUGGAUUCGAACAGUGUUACAGUGGCCUUGAUUCUAAACGGCAAAUUGUGGAUUGGAUUAAGUUCUCGUAAUCUCUGUGUUUUUGACUGUUUUGAAAAAGCUGCAGCAGCAACAAUCAAAAACAAAACUUUUCAGUGCAAUGACGUAGUAAUAGAUAUACUAUUUCAUUCUAGUACCGACGAAAGCAAAGCUAUAAUCUUUGCUGUAUUAGCCAAUGGUCAAUUAGUGGUAGUGCAAGGCCACAGGCAUUACGAGCAGUCGACAAUCCUGAUCAGUAAAUCACAAGUGAACGUAUGGAUCAGAGACUUCCAGUACGAAUGGUGCCAACCGAGAGUUCUGACACUAGGUCAUGACAAUCGAGUAAAGCCGACAAUCGUUGUAACAAAACUUAACGAAAUAUGGUAUUGUCAAGGAUCUACGAUUCGGAUCGUAAAUACAGAUGAUAAUUCUGAUCACUGGGUUCCUGUCGAUAUCACCAUCCCCGAUAUCCAAACUAUCCACGAGCCUGUAGUUUUCGAAUCUAGUGUUUGGUGUUGCGACUUAGUUCCGAAUGACUUGCUGUAUGAAAUAGACAUUGAGACACGAUCCGUAAACGCCGUCUGGAAUUUGAAAGAUUUGCACGAACAAAGAAAGAAGCGACUGCAAGAAACGCAAACGGUACAAAAGACAGACUACCGACGGAAGAGAUUAAGUUUCUCAACGCAAUUCGACUCUACAUCGUCUGUCCGCUCUCUCGCCGUCGUGUUUGACACACUGUGGAUCGCAUGCAGCAACGAAGUGAUUUUCAUAUUGAGCAAAGACACGCAACAAAAGCCUAGCGUACUGACACUGCUGCGUACAAAGUCAGGCAAAAGAUUCAAAUUCAACAAGGCUUCUAUUCAAAGUAACUUGAAAGGAAUAAAAGAGAUGAAGCAGCUCGAAGACCGAGUCUUAGUGUUCAACGAAAUGCACGCAGGUGAUGAUAAAGGGCACAUUUUAGUGGCACAAGUAUAUCAAGCAUUCAACAGCGAUCAGCUGAAGCAUAUGGCAAACUAUUAUAAUAUCAAUGAUGCGUAGAAUAGAUGUGAAGAGGGCUCCGUAUACCUUUUCAAAUAACUGCUCAUUUUAUCUGUAUUCUACUACAAGUAUUGUACAACGUGUCCGCAUUCGGCCACAGCAAAGUUUCGUAAAUCGAGUGUUCGCAAUUAGUGACUGUCAGUUUGCACGCAUUAUAUUGUUACUUACGCGAAUUUUUUAGUGACUGUCAGUUUGCACGACCUACAUUACUAAACAUUUUACGUGGUAGAUAUGUUUACUGUUUUGGUAUACUAAAAACAAACGUGUUCACUAGAUCCUGGCAACCGAGUGUUCGAAGACAAAUCCAUAUUCUGUACAAACAAACGUCUACGCACUGACAUUUCACCGGCAGUUUAUAAGGCUGUCUAAAACAGUCUCUUACAGACUCUUUUGGCAAUGACUCCGCAAUAAGUAUUUUAGUUAAUGAUAUUAACCAGACACCAUGUGUACCUAAAUCCGGCGUCAGUACGUAUACGGCUGCCUAGUCUAGCUACUGUAGUCAGCAGAUGCAUGAUCACGAACAGUUUGAAACAAGACAACUGACCGGUAUAAUGUUGUCUUCUUAUCUAC